AUGAUGACAAAGAGCAGCGUCAUCAGGGGAUCUCUGCAGUUCUCCAAACUGACCACAAGGUGGAGCUCUUUCUCCUUCAACUUCAAAGUCUGCUCCAGCAGCACACUGAGAACACCUGGGUCCUGGAGGUUAAAGGUCAUCUACUUUCAGACGUUUUUUCUUCUAUGUAAUAAGAUCCGGCCUGCUGUCACACCGCAGCCUUAUCUCUUCACCGCAAGGGCUGAUGGGAGAUGUGAGGCCGUGUCAGAAUCAGGUGUUCCUCCUCUGAUGUCUCAGCUCGUCCUGGUUUGCCCUCAGCAGCGUCAGAGCGUCACUUCUCCUCAGGUUCUCCAGAGGAUACACCACGGCACAGAAUGCUUCUCCUCCCAGCUGCUGCCCUCGCUGGUUUCCAUGGCGACAGAGCUGAUUCAGGAUGAUUUAACACUGACCAGGAGAGUCGGUGAAAACGUUUCAUUCAGCUGUGGAGGAACUGACCGGUGUUUGAGUAGCAUCCCAUUCAUAUUCUGGUACCAGAAGAAGGAGUCAGAUACAUUCAGACUGAUUCUUCUUAUUGGCAGUAGUGAUGGUAAAAUAUAUAAAGGCUACAAUCAUCCUCAGGAAGAUGAUUUCUCAUCUGUGAAUAAGGGGAACGGCUGGGAGUUGCAGAUCCAGAGAGUUAAACUCUCUCAUUCAGCCUCAUAUUUCUGCUCCUGUUACUAUGAUCCUGUCUGGAUCACUGUGGGAGGGUAUAACUAUUUCAUCUUUGGCUCUGGGACUAAACUGGUUGUAACAGAUCAUGAGGUGCUGGAGCCCGUGGUGAGCCUGUACUCAGCAGCAUCCAGAGACCAGCAGGAGGAGAAGAGUCCUCUGCUGUGUGUGGCCUCAGCCAUGUUUCCUCCUCUGGUCCAGAUCUCCUGGAAAAGACAGAAGGACAACGGUCCUCUGGAGGAAGUUCCCCCUGCUGAGGGAGAGCAGCUGGAGAUCAGAGAGUCAGGACCAACCAGCUCCAUCUUACUGAUCAAUCAGACCAUGAUCAACCAGUAUCAAUACCUCUGCUCUGUGAAGCACGAGGGGAACUCCACCUCAGUCUCAUUUCACAAAGACCAACAGAUCAACCCGUAUGAAUACUUGUGCUCCGGCCGGCAUGAGGGCGGCACAGAGGAGGCGGCGACUGGACAAGAUGAUCCUUUCAGGUCUGAGUGCAGGGUGAGGCUGCUGACUCUGCUGUACUCUGUGCUGAUAGUGAAGAGUCUGGUGUACUGCUGUGGACUCUGUCUGCUGACGCUGUCUGCUGAGGAACCCUAA